AUGUCUCUUCUACCUGAAGUGGAUGCGAAUAUGGCAGUCGCUCAGAGAUCCUACGUCCCAAUCGGAGAGGUCACCACCCUUCUAACAAAUUCGUCACUAACUGCAGGAAAUGCUCGAAUUCUCAUAUAUUCCUACCAUGACCAUGGCAUUCUGAAUGAAUCACUUAUUCCUCCUGUCACAGAGCUGGCCCGUGGGAGAGAGAUCUCCGCUGUUUCCCAGACAACUCACGACGUAGACUUGACUAUCAAAUUUCCUACGCUCGACCUACAAUUCCAGAUAAUCUAUGAUCCUGGGAUCGAUGACUGUCUUUUUGUCAAUCAAUCAUCCAUAGGCGUACGACUAUUCAAAUUAGGUUCCUCUUACGCCCCAAUUGUUGUCGGGAAGACAGAAAGACGAUCGAUCCGGCCCGGAUUCUGGAGGGUUGCAGCACACCCGGAAUUAGAUAUUCAUGAUAUUUUCGAUUUUUUUUUAAACGAGAGAUUAUUCAAUGUCUCCAUUUUCGAACCAAACAUAUCGCCAGCAAAGCGAACUGCUGAUGGCCUACAGAUAGAACCAGAAUGUACGGCAUCUUCCCGAGAAAUUAUUCACAAAGGGGCCGUCCCACUUCUGGAUCUGAAGGAUCGGGAGACGGCUGCCAUCGAAACUCAGUAUGAUGACGGUUCUGGGACAUAUCAACUUCAACGCUUCGUGCAACUAGGUCCACUAGGCCUCGUUAAAGUCCUUGGGUACACUGGUGUGUCCGCCCUGGAUCUUCCAGAUAUCGUUGGCCGGUGGAAGGCAGAGAAACAACUACUUGGAAAUAUAAAACACAGAAAUAUUGUGUCGCUGGAGGCCUUCGAUGGCCGUAUUUUUGCACUCUAUUUAGAAGUUCUCCCGUUAUCUCUUGACCGCGGAUAUCACUCGCCCUUUUCGAGUUCCGAUGCUCAUAAGAUCCUAGUCGAUAUGACAUCCGCACUUGCUUAUUUAUCAAGUAUGAGAAUAGUCCACAAUGACAUCAAACCAGGUAACAUUGCCUACAGUUCUGAGCGCGGCGCUGUGCUUUUCGAUUUCGGCUGUGCUUGUUAUAUAGACGAAGAGUCGAACGGCGGAACAGCUUGCUAUCUCCCUCCCGAAUAUAUGGAGAAUAAAGGCCGCGGCUUGCCAGGUGACAUCUGGGCCAUGGGCGUCACAAUGCUGUAUGUGCUUCAGAAGAUCGGAUUUCCCGAAACACUCACAAAGAACUGGGCUUUUUCGAACCCUCAUGAGUUAAUCCGGGUUUGCGAAGAGGAAAAUGGUGCAAGGCCUCAAUUGAAGGAAUGGAUGGAGUAUCUUGAUAAUAGGAGGGCGGAUUUAGACCAAAAUGCUGGGGUUCAGAAAGCAGUGUACCAGAUGCUUGAUGGAAACCGGAAAUCAAGAGCUGUGGCUUAUUCUAUAAUACAUUCUACAUAG